UGAUGUCAAAUGCGUAGCCAUUUUAGAAAAUCAAAACAGUGAAAAUUUCGGUAUUCCGGAGCUCUGUGCAUUAAAAGUUUUAUUUUUUGCGCUAGUUUAUAACAGAAGUUUAAAAAAAUGUUUUAGUUGUAUGGAAAUUGACCACAUUAACAGAUUUUCCUAUGGAGAAAGUUUAUGCCUGGUUCACAAGUGCACAACUAUAGAUCCGUAUUAGGUUGACUCAUAAGCCAAGAAAUUCGAUAAAACUUUAUCCAGUAGUCUAUUUCUACUACUAUUGUAGUACCUACGCGUAAUAUCUUGUUUAUUGCUUUUAUUAUGUGGCUACGAAGCGAAACUAGGGACAGGCGUUUGCGUUCUAGCGCUGCACGGAUGGCAGUCGCUAGUAAAAAAUAUGUCAAGAUUCAACAAAAACCAAAACGUACUCCUUCGGAUGCAAUUCAUCCACGGCGCAGUUUUCAGCUGCAAACUGGACGUGUAUCCGCUCGAAGUAAAUCAAUCGCAACCUCAGUUACGCUUACUUCAACCACCACCAUCGCAACACGUACUUCAACACGCAGUGCUACUCUCCGAACCAGUCCAAAACGUUCACUUAAAGCGAACCGAAGAAUUAAACCACCAUCAGCCCUGACUACUGUCGUUGAUGCAAUUCCUGAGGAUUGUAAAGAAAAUUGCUGGCAAGAUAGUAAUGAUCUCACACUUUUUGAUGCCACUGUCAACCUAAAAAAUCAAUACGAAACUACCAAUCAUUAUUCUAAGAAAGCAACAGAUGAGAUUGGUUUGGCAGAUGACUGUUUGAAUCAGUUUGGGGUGAUCAGUUACGAUUCGAUGAAAUCUGCAACUAUUACUGCAAGCAACGUUGUUUGCCAAGCUCAGUCCGUAGAUUCGCUAAAAUCAAAAUGCAUUACCGAAUGCGAUAGCACCACUGAUGCGAUUGACUGUGAUGGAAGCUAUCCAUCAACAUCUGGUUUUGUCAAUCGACGUUCUAAAAACCUCCUCGAGUGCACAUCUGCUCCUCCACUUCCGUCGCAGGAUAUUAUUCCAGAAGUGGAUUCAACAACCGAUACGAUUCCUGACACAACCAAUGAAUUAGUUUCGGUUACGAAUAAGAUCAUUUCCUCUUUUCCACUGUCUGGUUCAUCAUCGUCUUCGUCGUCAAGUUCAUCUUCAUCGUCGUCGUUAUCCUCAACGUUUCAGCCAACCGGGUACAGCAGCUGUUCAUCUAUUUCUGGUUCAGAAGAGUUAACCGCUUCUAGCAGUUAUUUGCCGAAUGGUACAGCUUCUGAUUUGAUCUCUAUGUUCGAUGACGAACAUUACAAAAGCACGACAGAUCUUUGUCAGUAUACCGAAUUUCCACCAUAUAACACGUUACUCACCCAAGCGCUGCUCAGUUGCGGCGAUGUAUCCAGUCUUAAUCUGGGGUGUAGUCAGGUGUUGGCGGACAACAUCACCACAGGAAUGAACGAUUCUGUUUUCUUGUCAUCGAUUAAUCCAACAGCAAUAGAAAAUUUAAAGGCAUUGACCAAUUUUCAGAAUAUGGGCGUUGUUGAUGAAGCGGGACCAAGCUCAACUGGUUCUUAUUUAACCGAGAUAGGAGUGCGUAGUAAUGUAACAUCGAACUUUUCUGGUGUUCAUGAUGUCGGUAGGUCUGAGGCAGAAUCAUUAAUUCAUAAUAUUGAAUGUAACCAAACAAUCCAAAUGUGCGGUGAUGAAGGUGAAUCGGGAAUGCAAUUGGAGACUGACGAGUGCAUGGAAAUUGAGGAAACCAGUGACAGCCAGCACGAACAUCUCGCCUGGGAGACGUUUGAUCCAUAUGUAUUUAUUAAACAUUUACCUCCGUUGACGUGUGAAAUGCGCUCUAAAUGUCCUGCAUUGCCAUUGAAAACUCGUUCCAGUCCGGAGUUCAGUUUAGUUCUCGAUCUCGAUGAAACAUUGGUGCACUGUAGUUUGGAGGAACUAUCAGAUGCUAGUUUUAAAUUUCCGGUGCUGUUUCAGGAGCGCAAAUACAUGGUGUUUGUACGAACGAGGCCGUUUUUCCGCGAGUUUCUCGAAAAGGUUUCACAGCUCUUUGAGGUGAUUCUGUUCACCGCUUCUAAGCGAGUUUACGCUGAUAAGCUGCUCAAUCUGCUGGAUCCAGAGCGACGGCUUAUAAAGUAUCGUCUAUUUCGUGAACAUUGUGUGCUAGUCAACGGAAACUAUAUCAAAGAUUUGACCAUUCUCGGCCGCGAUCUCUCAAAAACAAUUAUUAUUGACAAUUCACCGCAAGCAUUUGGUUAUCAACUCGAGAAUGGAAUUCCGAUUGAAAGUUGGUUUAUGGAUCAAAGUGAUUCAGAAUUGAUGAAAAUAUUACCUUUCUUGGAAAGAUUGGUUGAAAUGAGACAAGACGUACGGCCUCAUAUCCGCGAGAAAUAUCGCCUAUUUUCAUAUUUACCUCCCGAUUAAGUAAAAAAUUAUGGCAUAUUACUAUGGCGAUUAGUUCAAACACAAAACGGAAUCUUUAAUAGACAUGUUAAUUUUCUGCUGUUUCCUUACACUAUAUGCAAAGUGUAAACCCAUACCGAAACUUAAACAAAUCGACUAGAUAAAACAAAAUACAUAAACAUACACAUCUAGAAAAGGUACACCAAACAUCAAGACAAACAAAUCAUUAAAAUACUUGUAGGAUUUAAUCGUCGAAAUACAGAACAACAGAAAAUAAAUAAAAUAACAACCGUACGAUAUAGAUUAACUUUAGAAUAUGAGACGAUUGCCAGAAAUCGAGCAAACUAAAACUCACAUUGAUUCUAUUUGUAAAUGUUACUGUUUUUACUUAGUUGCUGCCCUAGUGGAUUUAGAAUCCCCAAACGCAUUAAGAAAAAAUAAGUUAACUACAAACUAACGUUGGCGUAGAUGGCAAUACGAUAUACCUACUGUUUAUUCGAUAGAAUCAGAAAAUUUGCAUAGAAUCGUAGCGAUUAGAUUGGCUGAGAGGGCAUACUGAAAAAUUAAAAGCGCGUAACAGUAAAUUUCACAUUAAUGUUUUGAAACUGGUGAAGAUAUAUUAUUGUUUAUAUUGUCCUUUACAGAAUGAAUAAUUAUUGUUAUAAAUAAUUUGAUAUUAUUUUUAUUUAUUGAUAAAAUAUGCAUGUAUCUUUAUUGUAUAUGAUUAUUUUUUAGGUGACUAAAUUAUACAUUGUUCUAGUGUGUAUAGUAAACGCUAAUAUAAAAUAUGAAUUCAAACAGUUGGAUGAUCUUUUUAACACUAUCUAUUGCCGCCGUAAUAAACAGAAACUGCUUGUUUCAAUAACUUUUUCUUUGAUACGUUGAACUCCCAUGAGCUUAAGAUUUCAAUGUCAUACUCUCAUUUUUUACAUUCUACUUGCACAUUCGAGGCGUUAUAGAUGAGGUAUUCAAUUGACAAUCCACUUCAGCUGUUUCAGUAACGUUUCAUAAAACGUUAUACACUUGCUUACAAUAUAGAAAGUCUUGUUGUAGACUAAUGAAAAUAUUCGAGCAUCGCAUUUCAAGCAGCUUUUGAAGCUAAUUCGUGAAAAGUAGUGUUAUUUUGUGCAAUGAUGCGAUCAAAAAAGGUAUGUUAAUGGUUAUCAAUUCAGAAUACGGAAAAUCAUAUUUAACAUUAAAGUCGGAAGUGAAAAAUAA